UCUGUGGUGGAGUCGCCUUCGCAUGCAUCGCCAUGAUGGAUGGAGCUAUCUGUAGAAACAAAACAGAGGCGGGUUGGUAUAAAGCGCCUGUCGGACACCACGGUACCGACAGGUGGCGCUAGAGGACCGCGCCACGGCCUCAGCUUGCGCCAGGCUCUGUUUUUAAGUUGCCAUAACAACGAUACACGUGAUUUUGUAGGCUUCAGAUUUACUGACCAACUGAAGCAUGGGCAACGGUGACCGAGGAGUUAAUAAAAAUACAAUUCUUGUUUCAUCCUCAAAACCAACUAAAUACCAAAGAAUGGUGAUAGCAAAUCAAGAAAAGAAGGGUUUUUCAUCUCAAGCCAGCAGAUUCACUUCACACGUCUGUCUGAAUGGAAAUCCAGGACCAGGCAGCUAUGGGUUUAUUUCCAGCGCUGAAGUCAAAAGUCCUUCCUUCUCAACGAAAGGCACCACAGGCUUUGUUCCAUCCAAGACCGCCAGGGCUUCCAUUAACCCGCGGAGAGGCCUCCCGGGACCAAAUGCAUACAACCUGCAGAGCACCUUAAUAAACAAGAAUAACUUCAGCAUCGGAGUCUCCAGGGUGUUCAGGUCGCCUGUGGCUGUACAGCUGGAUGGUCCGAAGCACAAAACUCCAGCCCCAAAUCAAUAUGAUGUCAGAUGUGAUAUAAGAAAGAGUUUGUACUCAGUGAAGGGUACAUCGACUUUCCUGUCAAAAACUGGACGCGACUCUUUGUACCCAAACAAAAAUGCUCCAUCGCCAUGUCACUAUGAGGUGAGCGGCUACUUAAUCCAGGAUGGCUCCAAGGCAGUCUUGUCCCCGUUCAAGUCAAAAACUCAGAGAAUCCUUCCUCCACUUGACAACCGCAUACCAGGCCCAGGAGCCUACAGUCCCCAUCAGCCCCCGACACCGGUGAAGAGGACCGUCCUGCCGAGAUUCUAUCUGGCAAUAUCAGCGCCUGCUUUGAUUGUUCCCAAGGACCCUCUCUCGCCGGGCCCCGGGCAGUAUGACAUCAGGGACUACGAUGGCCUGUCUAAGCAUCCCAUGCCCACAGCUGCAUUUGCAUCUAAAACUGAGAGAAUACCACAAAACUCUGACAUGAGGCCAGGUCCAGGUAGUGCCUAUAAAAAGCAAAUCCACGACAUGAAACAUAAAUACUAUGUAUUUCACAAGGCCUUAUGGGUUGUUGUAAGUAUAUUCUUGUUUCCGUGAAUAGCUAGACAGAUACAGGGGAAACCUUUUGGCUCUCUUAAGCACAGUGUCUAUCCAGAGAAAAUGUUUCUUUAUAGACUAAUCCUCAGAUACAUUUCAUACACAAUUAUAUGUGCUACAUAAGCUCAGAUCCUGACUUCUUCCAGUGAGGUUGGUUGUGGUGUGAAAUGCCAUCAUUUUCAUGCACUAAUUUGCUUCCUUGUAGUCACAUGCUAAUUUGGACAGCUUUAAUUUGCAUAACAUUUGCAUCCCUACUCUGAGAGCUGUUGACAUUUAGUGUGGGAAAUGUAGGAAACUGCUGACUUAAGUAUAUGUAAAUGAGGCAGAGUGAGGAAAAGUAGGUGCUCAUUAAAUUUCACCAUAAGGGUAACUCCUCGACGCUGCCUGGGAUUUUUCCUUGAACCCUAUCAGUCUCACUUUUCAGUCAGUAGUCGUGUUCCUCGUGAGCAAAAUGAUCUAUCGUGCAAAUAUGUAGACUUUGUUGUAAUAGUUAACACACACAUGUACAUAUUACGCAUUGGUGAACUUUAUGAAGUCAGCGGAGAUGCUGAAAAAAAUGGCAACAUUUGCCUUUGUUUAUUAUGUUGUGACGCUUUUGUAAAUAGAUUACAUUUUGGGUUAUGCCCCCUCGAUGCAUAUAUAGUCACACAAACCUCACAGAUGAUGUCACUGAUCAAUUUUUUUUAAAUAGCCAUGGUCAUCCCAAAAAAAGAGUGUGCGAUACAUAAGAUUUUUUUUAUGCCAAGACGUGACCUAGAGGAAACCUAAAAUGACACAGGUGGCACAAAAACAAAAGCAUUCUUUGUGGCCUGGAGCUGAAUGGGUAAUUUCACCACCUACUUCAAGCUGUGACACAUUCAAACAAGGAAUGCCCCUCCUGGGCCUUUGGGGAUUGAAGCAGGAGCUCAUUGAACAUUCAUCUCUGUCUCUUGCCGCCUGGAGCAAGAGAGAAGAGCAACUCCCCCCGCAACUGGUAGCUGUCCUAUUAUAUAAAGGUCAACUUGGCUUUUAAAGUUCCAGGCGAAAUUUGGUGGGACUGGCUCAGGUGGCCCAUUUGUCUGGUGAUAUGUUCUCUCUUUUUUUCCAGGUUUCUAUGAGCCACAGAUUUUGCCAAAGCAGUCCUUCUUCUACAGUGACUCCAGAGUCUGGCUUCCCGCGUAAUGCUUUCAGGGAAACCUGCAUUGCAGAUAUGUACAAUGU